CAAACAUUAGCCACUGAUGAGCGAAGAGGAAACAGUGUGGAGAGGAUCUCAAGCUUCUGUGUGAAGCUAUCCUAAGAGCAAGGAUGCCACCCAAGGGACAAAAAAGUAGAUCAAGAUCAAGCAGUGCAGGCAGUAAAAAGAAAGGGAAAGGGAAACGUAAAGGCAAAAGGAGUAAGUCACCUCAACGUGUGGAAACGCCUGGUCACCCUGAUGAUAUCUUCCCCCUGGUCCUGACAUCAGCCACUCAGGAGCUCUUUGGUUGCCGCACCGAUGAGGACGUCACAGGGGACAGCCCUUACAAGCUGCUAAAAAAAGACGACAUCAUACAGGACAUUAAGACAAGAGCCGCAGUGUCCGAUUUCAGCCCUGUGAAGCAGAUUGUGCUGGACUACCCAGAGGAUGAGCUGUUGCUGGUUUUUGACAGGGACUUCACCUAUGACCAGAGCUUCUACCUGGUUCUGACACCAGAAGCUAAAGACAGAAUCCUCAACCCCCCAGAGCGAGAGAAGACACCAGAAGUGUUUGAGAAUGAAGUCUAUAGAACCCCAGAACCAAAGGAAUGGAUACCUCUUGGCAGUGAGAAGGAAAUAGAUGAAGAAUCUUUCAAAGAAACCAGAGAAAAGCUGUGGUACAAGUUCUCCAGAGUGCGGAGGAAGUUUGGGGCACCAGUCUGUUUUUCUGACCGCAACACUGCAGAUGCUAAGGAUGGCUACCUAGAGUGUGCUUCCUACCAAGACAGCAGAUUCAGCAUCAAACAGAUGCAGAGGGACUGCGGGAUACAGGCUGUUCCCAUACUGCAGAGCAGCAGCGCUCAGACACAGUGGAAGUUUCAGAGGAAUAUUUGUACCCAGUACACGCCAAGAGAGUUAAGUGAUGAAGAAAAAGAGGACAUCCUCCAGUCUGAGAGUCUCAAGAAUUUUUGCAACUCAGUGACCCCCAGGGUUUUGCAAGCCCUCCAGCAGGAAGGAAUCAUGAAUGUGUUCUUUGAUGACUGGAAGGCUCUGGGGACAGGAGCUGAGGACGGUGACUGGUCUGGGAAGAUUUUUGAAGGUUUGAUGCUCUAUCAGGCCUUCACAGACCAGAAGUACACAAAGGACAAGAAAAUCACUAGCAUUAAUUGGCACCCUACCAUCUACGGUGUGAUAGCUGUGGCUUUGAAAGAAAAAAAGGAGGAGCAGUCGAAGGAUUCCACAACGUUUGUUGUCGGAGCUUCUCUCAUUCUCUUCUAUAGCUUCUCCGACCCUUCUAAUCCCCAGUUGCUGCUGGAGUGCCCAGAUGACAUUUUUGUGUUUGAGUUUUGCCCCUCUGAUCCAAAUAUUAUCGUUGGCGGCUGCAUGAAUGGCCAGGUUGUGUUGUGGGACAUUUCUGGUCAAGUCACUCACUUACAGGGAGCACAGCUGGGUAAAAAGGUUCCUGCCAACACCGAGACAUUCGACCUCGAUGACAACAAAGAGAAUAAGACUCCUGUCGUGCGCUUCUGUGCAGUGUCUGCCUUAGAGAGCAGCCACAAAGCACCAAUUACUGAUGUCCAGUGGCUGCCACCAACAUUUGAGGUGACCAGGACGGGCAUACCAGUGGAGAACAAGUACAAGAUUUCUGCUCAGGUUGUCACCUGCUCCCCUGACUGCGCUAUAUUGUUCUGGGAUGUGCGAGUGUCAACAGCGUUGAGCCAGUCAGCGUCAGACAGGAAGCAGAGUGAGAAUCAGAAGACGCCCUACAGUAUCCCAGAAACUUUCAAACACCUGGACCGGACAUGGAAACCUCUGUUCAAGGUUUCCCUGCCAAAGAUCGAUACAGGUGGAGAAUACGCUCCUCUGAAGUUCAGCCUGCAACCUUACACCUGUAAAGAUAAUAAUACAGGCAGGACCACAGAAGAAGCUAUUGAAAAUGAUGAUAGCACAGAGGGCAUCCCCGACUUCAGCCAUCUCAGAGUGCCCUCAGCUAAAGCACUCACACCUCUGGAAGAUGUCAAUAGCAAACUCUGCAUUGGAACAGAGGAUGGGGAGAUUGUUUACACUGACUGGAAAAUGGAGAAGGACGUGUCUGGACGGUUGCAAAGUGCCAAAGUCCUCCACUGUUAUAGCAUCCAUCACAGGCUGGUAAAUACGGUACAGAGGUCGCCCUUCUUCAAAGACAUCAUUUUGACAACGGGAAGCUGGAACUUCGCCAUCUGGAAGGAGGGAGUAAUGGAUGGCCCCAUCAUCCUGUCACCGGAGUCUGAGCAUGUGUGCACUGUGGGAUGCUGGUCCCUGUCCCGACCAGCUGUUUUCUUCAUUGGGAAAGAGGAUGGCAGCAUCGAGGUGUGGAACCUGCUGGAGAAGAUCAGUGAACCUGCGCAGGUCCACGCACACGUCACCAAUGCCAAGAUUACCUGCAUCAAACCCUGGACCGGCUCCUCCAAGCAGCACUUCCUGGCUGUGAGUGACGACCUUGGAACGGUCCGUGUUUUCGAAAUCCCCAAGACUCUCUACGUUCCCUCCAAGAAUGAGAGUUUGAGUAUGAGGAAAUGCUUUGAGGUGGAGGAAGAAAGGUUGAAGGAUUUUUUGAAGAGGGAGGAACUGUGGCCGAUACAGCAGAAGGAAGCUGCAGAACUUGAAAAGAGAAUGGAACCUGAAAUGCCGACAAAAUACCUGAUGGAGAUUGAAGAGGAGACCAUGAAGGAGCACAAGGAGCUGCAGGAGAGCAUCCUGAAGGACAUGGGCCUGUGGCGAUCUACUGCCGACACACAAGACACCUGAUAUCACACACGUCUGCACAAACUCACAGGUUAAAAAAAAACAGGUUUUUAUCAUUUUGUUUAUUUCUUUCUUUAUAAAUUUGAUUGCCUUAACUAUUUUGACAUCAUUCAUUUGAAAUCUCCUUGUUUGUAUCUUUGUUGCUGUUUUCACAAUAUUUGUCAUAACUACUAAUGUAUGGAUGUGUUAUUUUUAUUGAAAUGUGAUGUAUUUGUAAUAUAUGAGAACAGUGAACAUUUUUGUAAUUUGGUUCUGCCGUCAACAUUCAGAGUGUUUCUGGGUUGGUGCUGUAGGGUCAAACAUGGAUUUUUUUUUUCAUCCACCCAUCUGAUAUCUAGUUACUGGGUAAUGCCAUCCAUUUGCCCCCUCUUCACCACCGCUCCCUGAGGAAACAGUCUGAAAUACCUCAAGGAUCUGACCUUGGCAGGAAGUCAUUUUAUGGCUCUUUAAUUUCAUGAUACUUAUCUGUUGAAAGCUGCUCAAGUACAUCAACAAUUUUGUAUGACUCAUCGUGUGUGCUGAUGAUAAAGAAAUGUUUCAUAAAGAAGGAAUUAAAAGUCACAGACCACAAA